AUGGCGGCGCUGAAGGAGUCUCGGAGCUACGGGCUGUCUUGCGGACGGCUGGGCGACGGCAGCCGGGUGUCCGUGUUCCACGUGAAGCUCACCGACAGCGCCCUGAGGGCCUUCGAGAGCUACCGCGCCAGCCAGGACUCUGUCUCACUGAGACCGUCGAUCCGCUUCCAGGGCAGCCAAGGGCACAUCUGUGUCCCUCAGCCCGACUGCCCCUCCGAGGCCCGAACCUUCUCUUUUUACCUCUCCAACAUCGGCCGUGACAGCCCGCAGGGCAGCUUCGACUGUGUGCAGCAGUACCAGUCCAGCCCUGGGGACGUCCACUUGGACUGCCUGGGCAGCAUCCAGGACAAGAUCACAGUGUGCGCCACUGACGACUCCUACCAGAAGGCACGGCAGAGCCUGGCACAGGCCGAGGAGGAGACGCGGAGCCGCAGUGCAAUUGUCAUCAAGCCGGGUGGCCGAUACCUGGGCAAAAAGGUUCAUUUCCGGAAGCCAGCCCCGGGGCCAACAGAUGCUGUGCCCUCCCGGAAGCGGGCCACCCCUGUCAACCCAGCCAGCGCCCUCAAGAAGGGCAGUAGCGGGGGGAGUGGUGGGGGGGUCUCCCAGAGGCCCUUCCGUGACCGGGUGCUGCACCUCCUGGCGCUGAGGCCCUACAGGAAGGCUGAGCUGCUGCUGCGGCUGCAGAGGGAUGGGCUGUCACAGCCAGACAAGGACGCGCUGGACGGCAUUCUCCAGCAGGUGGCCAAUGUGAGUGCCAAGGAUGGCACAUGCACGCUCAAGGAUGGCAUGUACAAGGAUGUGCAGCGGGACUGGCCUGGCUACUCGGAGGGCGACCGGCAGCUGCUCCAGCGUGUGCUUGUCAGGAAGGUGUGCCAGCCACAGGGUGCCGGCGCCGUCCCCAGUGACCCUCCCGCCAGCCCUCCGGGGGAGCAUGGGAAUGCCUCCUCACUGCUGCAGAAGCGGCCGCAGCCCCCUGACUUCAUUGACCCCCUCGCCAGCAAGAAGCCCCGGAUCUCACACUUUGCCCAGCGUGCGCAGCCCGCUGUCAACGGGAAACUGAGCGCACCCCCUGGCCACACCACCCCCUCUCCCCCGCUGCCCGAGCCCCCACGGCCCCACGACCCGCUCACCGAUGUCAGCAACGACCUGAUCCAUAGCGGCCGAGACGCAGAACACCCUGAAGCGGGCGGUCCGGGUCCUGCUAAGUGCCUGCACCCGCCCCCAUCCCCAGACUGCACGCGGCCCAGCUGGCCCCACGGCAAGGCCAAGAAGAAGUCGAAGAAACACCGUGACAGGGAGCGGGUGCCCGGGGACCGGCACCGGAACUCGCAGCCCAACCCAGAGCCUGCGGAGAGCUCGGGCAGCACCCUCGGGGCCCCGCUGGACGCCCCAGGGUUAAACGGCGCCUGCCACAGUGCCAGUGUCCCCACCUCAACCUCAGACACGCCCGACUACUUACUGAAGUACGCAGCCAUCUCCUCCUCGGAGCAGCGGCAGAACUAUAAGAAUGACUUCAACGCAGAAUACACCGAGUACCGUGACCUACACGCCCGCAUCGAGCGUAUCACGCGGCGCUUCACGCAGCUUGACGCCCAGCUCCGGCAGCUCUCCCAAGGCUCUGCGGAGUAUGAGACCACACGAGGGCAGAUUUUGCAGGAGUAUCGAAAAAUCAAAAAGACCAACACCAACUACAGCCAGGAGAAGCAGCGCUGCGAGUACCUGCACAGCAAGCUGGCCCACAUCAAGCGGCUCAUUGCUGAGUAUGACCAGCGGCAGCUGCCUGCUUGGCACUAGCCCGAGGUGCUGGGCGGGAGGCACCGCCCAGGGACCAGUGGCCUUGAGGCCUGCCCCACACACCCAACCCUGCUGGGCGGACCCUUGUGGAUGGUGGGGCCUGGGGGACAAAAGGAGGGAAAGAGGAUUUAUUUAAAUAAAUACAAGGACAUGCGCCUGUCUGAAGCUGCACGCGGACACCGAGGGUCCUGAAGACGGGGCCUUGGGCCGUGCCACCUUGCCUGCUGUGGCCAGAGAUGAGCCAUGCGCCUUUUCUAGUUUUAUACAGACAGCCACUUUUAGCUACUGCGAGGAGACUCGUCUAUUUUUGUACGACAAAAAAAAGCCCUUUUUCUACACCUGUGCCUCCUGCCGCCAGUGGACCCCAGGGCCCGGGGUCCUUUCUGCAGUAUUACCGCCACCAGAGCAAGCACUGUUCUGAGGGCUCCAUGGAUUGGGCGUGGGGGUGAUGCAUUUCUGAGGAACAUGGCCCAGGGUCACCGUUAACAGGGAUACCCCAUCAAGCCCCCGAGCUGGGGUGACCUCUGGCCAGCAGAUACUGCCUCUCCCCACCUGCCCAGGGAUCUCUUGGAGGGGUGGAGAGGCUCUAUUUCAAGAGGCCCAGCUGGCAUGGAGCAGCUGUGGGGCCUGGGGUCAGUGGGGCCCAUUUGUCCCAGGAGGUGCCUGCCCCGUGUCCCCAGGCCAGCCAGCUAUUCCGGGCGCCCAGCUGCCAGCCAACCGGGAUCGUGCAGGACGCUGUACCAGGUGGUGUUUGUGACUUCUCAGCGCCCCCCUUUGCUGCUGCUGCCGCUGCUGCUUGUUUGUUUGUCCUCCCGGGGUUGAGACCCCUCCUCUGAGGCCCCGGGGUCCGCACUCAGGGAGGGGCUGGGAGGCGCGGCUUCGCGGGCCCCACAAUUGCUGCUUUGUUGCUGUGCCUAGUGUGCCCCCAACCCCACAGAGCUGUGCGAUUGCGUGUGCAUGGGGACCUCACCGAGCCACGAGGUGGGGUCCAGGCAGUGUCCAGUGUAAGGCUGCAGAUCAGACAGUGGGGGUGGGGCCUGAUGGGGGUGGGGUCAUGCUGAGGGGGAUGGGGCCUGGGGCGCUGGAAUGUGGCCGCGCCUGGUCCCUGUGCCACGGGGGCGGGGCCGACCAGCUUCCAAAGAGCUGGCUUAGCGGAAGGCGCCAGCAGGGUGUCACCCCCCACAAAGCCCCUUCCUGUGGGACCCCCGGCCCCCGCAGAAACUUUGACCCUUUGUGUUUUAUCAUUUGGAGGGUGGCGGGGUGCAGGGCACGUAGCCCGGGUGAUCGGAGGGGCCCAGCUGCCUGCCUGCUCCUGGGAACCAUCUCCUGGGAAUCUCUGUUGAAUUUGCCUUUUUUGUUGUUAUUGUUAUUUUUUUUCUCCUUUUAAGGAACGGUGAAAAUCAGAAGUUUUGUGCUUUGGGGGUUGGUGGACACAGUCCCAGCCGAUUAAAUAGGGUCUAACUUAUUGAUACUGUUCUAUCUCUUGACUUCGUACUGUGGAGAAAAGCCACUUUGAGCCAUGGAGUUGGUGUUUACAAGAACUUUUCACUUUUGCCAAAAUGUUACAAUUGAGAGGCACCCGCAUCUUCUGUUUUCCUAAUAUUUUCUUAAAACAGCUAGUGUCCUUUUUGUACACUAAACAGGUGAAUGCUGAAUUUUUUCAACCUACAAUAAAUUUCACUGAACUGAACUGUGGCUCUGGCCGCCUGGCCUGUGUUCAUGUCUGGGUCCUCAGGGCUGGCUCCUACGGUGCAUCUGGAGGGCAGCCAUGGCAAUGGUAUGGCCUUGGUGUGGACUGGACAGGGAUGGCAGCUUGGGCAGCCUGCCAGCACUGCCUCCCAGGAGUCAGUCAAUGUGGAGAAUGU